UUUUGUUGGGGAGGGGGGUAGAGAAGAGGGCGAGUGGCUAUUUUCUGGGUUUGAUUCAGGGACCAUCAGUUUGUGUUGCGUUUUGAGAAUUGGCUUGGUAUUCAAGCAUGCAGAAAGGUUUUCGUGCUUUGUAAGAAGGAUUCUUAUCUGUUUCUUGCGGGGGGUUUAUGGCUGUGAUGGAGCUCAUCAAUCCUGGCACUUGCAGAUUGUUUCGGUUUCAUGAAGGAGGUUGAUUCAAAGUAGUUCAUGUGUACACAGUUUGGCUGGUGUGCGUAGCUUCUGUGUAUGCACGACAUAAGUAACUAGCAGAGAGUUUUUGGACUGAGGAAGAUUACCUCAUAAGCCGUGAUGUUAAGUAUUAGGGAAUGACUUAGUUAAGCUUGUGGCACCGUCCUGGUGCCUUCUUUGGGAGCAAUGGCGUCUAUACGUAGAUUGGAUACAACGAGCUUGAGCAAUUCUGAUGGAGGUCUGCUAGGAGUAGGGGGAUCGUCUAGUCGCAGUUCAAAAGCUAGUUUAGAGAAAUCUAAGUCCUUUCGAGAAGGUCGAGAAUGUCAGCAGGUAUCAAACAACGCAUUUGGAGGUGGGCCUAGUCAUCAUGGUGAUCGUCCCGCGUUAUCAACUGUCCUCAAUAUAGAUUCCAUUAGUUUGAGUGAUGCAAAGUCUACUCGGCAGCUCGAGCUUCGAAGGGUGAUCAACGCUGCAGCGGGUUCUCAAACCCAAGAUUUUACUCUUGGGAAGUUGCAAUCUAAGCCUCUAGAAAGUUGCAGUGCGGAGGAUGUAAAACGUGUAAGAAGUGGACUCGAAGAGAAUGCACAACGAUCGAGGGAACGAACCGGUCAUUUUGCGGAGACUGUGAAUAAGCUGGACAGAUUUCUGCAGACAAGGAAACGAAGUAGACCUGGAUCUUCUGUCAAUGGUCGGGUGCUGUCACAAGUGCCAGCUCAAAGACCAAGACCGUCACCAAUCAGUGCUAAGACUGGUCAUCGUGCUAUCUCUAGCAACGUGGAUACGAACCCUUCACCAAAAGAAAUUGAUGCCACCGAAAAUGGUCUCAUUAACAAGAAGAUGCGCACGUCUUUGAGUGAUUCACGGCUCGAAGGGCGAUCAGGAAACUUGAACUUACAGCGGCCAACAGGGGCAAAGGAUUGGGAGCGAGAAACCCCUAGGCCAAGUAGCUCUCUUAUGUCCCCAUCCAAGCGUAGAGAGAAAACCGCUGUUGCAAGCCCUGGCGGAUGGGAAAAUUCGAAGCCAUUGAAAGGGCGUCGGUCGGUUAUCAGUAAGCCGGAAACAUCGGCUGUGAGCGUUGCCAAUGGGUUUUUCGAUGGACAGCGUAAGCUUAAAGGAAAUGCGCAACAGUACCGCUACAGUGUUGAAAAUCGUCCUCGGCCUAGUGAAGGCCACGCAUUCAGGUCUGGAGGGCCUGUGAACGGCAUUACAUCAAUGCAGAAAGUACAUUCCUCUUCUCAGGGUCACGGGUCUGGCGUACGAGGAAGUAAAUUGGAUUUCAAUGGUGGAAUUCACCCAGCGCAGAAAGAUGAUCGGAAUUUUCCUAAUGCGAAGGCUAGUUCUAAAUUAACUUCUCGAGAAGAAGAUGGUGCUGCAAUUCCUAUCGUUACAACCAAAGCCAAAGGAGCAAGAGCACCAAGAUCAAAUCUUGUUGGUGUUGUCCAUCAGUCCACAACUUCUAGCCGCUCUUCAUGUCUAACUGAAGGUCACGAUGUGAAAUCAUCUCAAGCCUCAGUUAAAUCUCAAACUCCAUCUGAAAAUGCUAGUAGCAAGAGACUCGAACUAUUCCAGUCAUCUUCUCCUCCUGUUGCAUCUUGGGGUACGUCCAAGAAGAUGGCCCGUGUGACUAGGCGGGUGAAUCCUCCACCUAGUGCUUCAGUCUUGUCCAAAGAGGAAACUAGUGGAGUAGUUGAAGUGGCCACUUCAAGCAGGGAUGGAAGUAAAACUGCCUCUAGCCCCACCUCUAGAUCUUUUCCAUGUACACUUGCAGGUUCAAACCUUUCUAAGCGAGCUGGACCCUCCAGUACACAGUCUCAUCUACAAAGCAAAGUUGGAAAUGAUCGGCUAAAUAUCUCUCUUGGACCCCCGAAUAGUGAAGACUCAGUUGGGGAUGGUCAGAGGUUAAAAGAGGUUAAGAAAAAAGAAGAAAAGAUUAAAGAACGAAAAGAUGCAAGUCCUAUUCAAAGAAUGGGAAUUCUAUCAGCUACAGACAAAAAUACCAAUGCAACCGUAGAGGAGCAGAUAGGUGGAGGGGAUGGGGUGAGGCGACAAGAGCGUACAGGUAGAGGAUCCGUGAUACCAAGCCCACUGUCCUUGUCGUCGCCAGCAAAGAACUUGGAAGAUGUUACAGUUGAUGCAAAGCCUACAAAAUAUACAAGAUCUACAUUGGAUGCUAAGCCUGUUGGUCCUGGACGACCUACUAAGAAAAAUACCGACCUCCGCAAGUCUUUAACUAAACCUCGGCGGGUGGUUGGUAAUGGUCUUGCAAAGAUGUCAGGAGGAGACAAAGACGACUCUGAGCAUCUUAUGAAAGCAGUACAGCAAGCUGUUGGUUUUAGUGCUAAUGCUUGCAAAAAUGACUUGUGGAGACAACUGGAGCCAUACUUCGCAUACGUGACUUCUGAUGAUCUGGCAUUUCUACAUGAACAAAUGGAUGGGUCACAAGUUAGUAGGACCAACAAGCAAACUCAAUUUUCUGAUACGAGCUUGAACAGUGACAUCACUGACAUCGAUGGAACCGCUUUGAUGAGUUGCUUGAACUCGGAAGAAUUAAGCAAGGUUUCCACCGAUUUCAGGAUGGAUGUGUGUGUAGCUAGUUCUGAUAAGACCAUCCCUCUUUCACAACGUCUAUUGUCUGCUAUUAUCGAUGUAGACGAGGCAACUUGUGUUCAGCAAGUUGGCGACGACGCUUUUCAAAGUCAUGGCUUCGGUUCAGGCUUACCAUCAGUUGAUUGCAACGGAUCAACCUAUGAGACGAGGGAUCCUGAGGGCGAGUCUGCCUGUGAUGGUAUGAGAACAAAUGGAAGUUGCUUUGGAGCAACCGAACGAGCACAUUGGGAAAAUCCAUCAUCAUGUGGUAGUCAACAUCGUGUGUAUGAUAAAGAGAAACAGCUGAGUUCCAGUGAAUUAUCAGACUGGGGAGAACAGUAUCGUCAGAUGAGUCUUGAUGAUAGGUUAUGGACGGAGCUGCGCAGCAUUGGGUUAUAUCCUGAACAAACGCAGCCUGAUUCCUCAGUGGAAGAAGAGGACGAAAUUAGUGAAGAGAUCACAAGACUUCGUAGUCUACUCAGUGAGGAGGUAUGCUUGAAUAAAGAGCGUAUAUCGAAGCUGGAAAACGCAGUUUUAGCUAGUAGGAAUGCUGAAGAUAGGGCUCGGGAGCAACUUGCAAUGAACUUAUUAGUCGAAAUGGCUUACAAAAAACGAAUGGGAGGGCGGUGCAUAAAGGGAGCAGCAGCAAAAGGCGCAAGGGCAGCUGCUCUCCUGUUUGCUAAACGGGUUCUGGCGAAAGUUCAAAGGUUUGAUACUGGGCACAGCUGCAUAUCUGGCUCGCUGCAAAAGCUUCUCUUCCGUGUUUCUCCCGACGUAGGAGCACCAACUUCCGUUACUACCGCCGAAGAAGAGAAUGAGGCUUGUGUGCUUGGAACCGUCACUGACCGGAACAUUUCAUACCCUGAUCCACUCCUAAAAUCUGCAGGAAAUUCUACUUCACGACGAUUUGAAGGAUCAGAGAGAAUCUCCGUGGAUGGACUCUUAUCGUGUAAGGACUCGGAUAACUACAAGAGUGAGAAUUGGCCUCUACGUGCCAAGGAGCGAGAAGCUUUGGUUGAAGAUUUAGACAGGCCUAUAGGUAUUCGCGGUUUGAACUCCCUAAGCAUCAACGAUUUGGGUGGACACGAUUGGGAUGGGAAGGAUGAUCAAGGUAAAGAAAUGCGCAUUACGGGAGCUGGAAAAGAAGGUAAAAACUUCAAGUCUGGCCUAGGGAAUAUAAAGGGUGAGCGUAAAACUAAGACAAGACCUCGGCAAAAGACUGGGUCUCUUCUAAAAUCGUCGAAAAAUUCUAUACCCAAGCCCCAUUCUCACGACAAUUCAAUGAAAAGGCCUUUUAGUUCAGGUUUUACUACACCAAGGGAAGAAGUGGGGCAAACACUGGAAGUACUGGAGGAGUCUCAGAACGACUCAGAAGGGAUGAUUGAUUUGUCAGGAUUAGCUCUUCCAGGGAUGGAAGACAUGACUCCUGCCAAUUUGGGUGGUCCUCAGGAUUUUGCCUCAUUCCUUGAUUUCGAAGACCCAUUGCUCCAGACAGAUGAUUUCCUUCAGGGGCUGGACUGCCCUAUGGACGACUUGAAUGGUCUAACGAUGCUGUGAAAAUGGACACACAUUCACUCUGGAGAUUCGGGAUGAUGAUACAAGGCUCUUUGUACAUAUUAUGCUGCGCGCGAUCGGAUUCCUGAGUUGGCUACACGAAAAAAUGGAGGUCACUUAUUGCAGGAAACAUUUUGGUGGGGACGAGAACAAGGGCGGGUCUCUCUAGUCCAUCCUGCGUGUACAAGUAAACAGUUCAACAUAAUCAACUUUGAAUGUUCCAAUUAGGUUGUGCCAUGGGCAUGUUUCAAGUUCAAGGUAGCCAUGUUGCACUACCUGGACAAAGUAGGCCACUGUUCUGUUAUAUUAGAAUCCUGUCAAGAUUUUUUGGUAUAUUGCCGGCAAACUUGCUUGUAACUUGAGUAGCAUUGGUCCAAUUCGGAAGGUUUGUGAACAAAUGUAUUCGUAUCUUAUCUUUGAUUCUGCUCAAUAACCUCAGGCUAGUCGCUGACACCAUUGUCUAUGGUGGCUCAGUUUUUUAAUGUCCUGCGAAAUGUCUCAGGAUGCCAGGUUCCUCAUACAUCUCACACCAAUACGGUGUUGACUGCCGAAAUUAUAUGAAAAGCAAUUUAUUCUUAAUAAGUUUCCUUUUUGUUGA